AUGCCUCCCCCGCCAGAUCUAUCUCAUUACAUCCUCUCGGACUCCGAGUCCAGAGAGAUCUUCGCCACAAAGAUCCUCCCCAUCGAUAUCACACAAUCCCUCACCCCGCACCCAACCCGGUCCCGGCCUCUCGCCGUACUCAUUGUCGGCCAGACAGGCGCCGGCAAAACCCGGACCGCGCCCACCGUCCUCGAUGCCAUGACCCGCAUCCAUCCACCGGUGCACCUCAUCGCCGACGUCUACAAGGCCUAUCAUCCGUCCUACCUCUCUCUUCUCGACUCCGCCACCCCCGCUUACGCGUCGCCCGCCACGGGCCCUGAUGCGCGCAAGUGGCUCGCCAUGGCCGCCGCCGAGGCCGUCGCCCGCAAGCUCGACGUCCUCCUCGAGAGCGCGUGCCGCCACCCGGAUGACUUCUGCGAGCUAGCGCGUCUGUUUGGUGAGGCCGGGUACCGCGUCGAGGUCGUUGUGAUGGCCGUUCCUGCGGCUCUGAGCAGGCUGGGCAUCCUCCACCGCUUUUACGAGAGGUUGCCGGAGGCGGGGAGUGGGCGUUUGCCUAUCCGGCUCACGCCUGUCAAGGUCCAUGAUGAUUCUUACGAGGGGCUAAUGAGUGUGGCAGAGUGGAUCGACGGAGUGGACUACGUCGACCGGGUCCUCAUCGUAAGGAGAGGUAACAUGGUUGCAUUCUCAGAUGAGAAGGCCGAGGAUGGCAAGUUGCAAGGCAAGGUUGCUGAAGGAGUGAGGAGGGAGCGAGAUCGGCCUCUGACUGAAGAGGAAAGAGGCGUCGCCGUGAGAGACCUAGAGAAAUUAGCGGCACGCGACACAAGCCUGGCUGCGCAGAUCAUGGAGUUGCUCGAACCUCUCUUGAGAGACGAUGACCAUACGUAUCCAGGCCUCCGACCGCUAGUUUUCCCGCCCGAUGGUCCGAAAGAAGCUUUGCUUACGCUGGGCAAAAUAUGA